AUGGGCGAAGGCUGUUCAGAGAGAAGAGGAAUAACAUGGAGCUUCUCAUGUCAACUCGAGGAUUUGGAUUAUGCGGAUGAUAUUUGUCUACUCUUGCACCAGAUGUCCAAAAUUCCAGCAAAAGUAGAAGAUUUGGAAAGAUUAGCACGAAAUGUUGGACUUGAGAUAAAUAUCAAGAAAACCAAAGCUAUGAGAAUCAACAACAUUAGCACCGAUAAUAUCAAGCUACAAGGCCAACCAUUUCAAUACUUAGAAAGCUUCUGUUAUCUAGGCAGUACAGUAUCAACGAAUGGCGGCGCUGAAAUAGACGUAAAUAACAGGCUCAAUAAAGGGAGAACGGCAUACGGAACUACGGACUACAUGCAGUAUGGAGAAACUCACAAAUAUCCAGACGAACCAGGCUUAGAAUAUUCAACGCAUGUGUAA